AUGAGUCCCCUUCUGGGGGCCUUUGUGACCCUGGACUUGGCUGUGGGGAAGGAAGACGGACGUGGCAGGAGCCCACAUUUCGUCUCCCUCAUGAAGUCGGCCUUGGCGGCCGGGGGCUCUGGGCCAGGCCCCCGUCCAGCGCCCCCCCGGCUCUGCUCUGAGCUGGCUCUGGAGGAGGCGGCGGGCUGGAAGCCUGCCCGUGCUGCCCGCAGGAGGGGCGCGCUGGGCACCGAGCCCGAGGUCAGCGCAGUCUGGACUCGGCAGCCUCCAGCACACCCCACGCAGUUCCGCAGGCGUCCUCUCCUGCCCCCAUCCGGGGCCCGCCCCCAGCCCAGCCCCCCGUCGGGUUCUGAGGACUUGGCCCAGCACCCUGCGGACCCCCCCUGCCCCCCCUCCCCCCGCCGCAGCGCAGGGGCAGCAGAGCCGCAGGAGAAGGCACGAGCACUGUCACUUACCCAAGCCUCCAACCGCGAGGUCCAGAGGAAGCCACCACUCAGCCUGUGCCAGCCCCCCGCGUGGCCCCCACUCCACGGCCAGCCCCCCGCGUGGCCCCCAUUCCGUGGUCAGCCCCCCGCGUGGCCCCCACUCCACGGCCAGCCCCCCUCCCGCGUGGCCCCCACUCCGUGGUCAGCCCCCCGCGUGGCCCCCACUCCACGGCCAGCCCCCCGCGUGGCCCCCACUCCGUGGUCAGGCCCCAGUGUGGCCCCCAUUCCGUGGUCAGGCCCCAGUGUGGCCCUCCUACCAUCACAGAAGCCUGGCCCUCACACAGCUGUGCUGAGUGGCAGAGGACGCAAGUCGUUUGCAUUCACCGGCAUUGGCAGCGGUUCCGUGAGCCCACCCUCCCCUCGCCUGCUUCUGAAGGGCUUUGAUGGCACUGUGGGCAACGCCAUCAGGGGCAGUGACCGCGCCGUGCGGCAUCUCCCGUCAAACGCCCGCGGGUGCCCGUCGGAGCCCACGGGCGCCCGGGGGCCCUCUGGCCUCUGGAGGAGGCCGUCGGUCUUGUCCCGAAGCGUCCAGGAACCGGAGCGUCCUGAACCCGGCAGCGGGCGCCGACCCCCACGGCGGGCUCGCCCUUUGCUACGGAGGACGGGCGUCCUCCCGCAGGGCGCGGCCGCCAGCGCCUUCCCGGGGCACCGCCCAGGUGCCCGGCAGCCGCUCAGUGGGAAGGCUCUGCCUGCCCGCCUCCUCCUCGUUCCUCCCCUGCACCGCGGCGCCUGCCCGGCCGGCCCCAGGCCAGGGCUCCGGCCCUCUGCCUCCAGCACCGUCCCCGGGGCUCGGGAGCCGGCCCCCCGCGGGCUGCCGCGGCUCCGGGCUGUGGGGAGCGUGGUCCUGGGCCUGGCGGGCAAGGGGGAGCCUGCGGCCCCGCUUUGUCGGGGGACAGCCCCAGCGCAGAGGCCGCGGCUCUGGCCUCCUCCCGCCAUGCACGGGAAGCGCCUGACUCCCGGGGAGCCCCGCGGUGCCCGGUCCCGGAUGAAUUUCAAGGGCUGUCACUCGAGCACCUGCCUCCCGCACGUGGCAGCCCCGCCCGUGGCCGCGCCCUCUCAGGCGGGGGCUUGCAGUCAAGGGAGCCGGGUUCAAGCAUCCAGCCCGGAGCAGGCGCGGCCUCCGCCCAGCCCCAUCACUGGACAGCCUCCGCCCCGGCCCGGCUGCUUGGCUGCGAAGGCCCAGGAGCCUCCCACGGCCUCGGGCCGCCCCGCCCUGCUGCGCCCUUGCUCAGGAGUGGCUGGUGUCCACACAGGAUUUAUCCUGUGCCCAGCGGUCUCCUCAGCUCUGCACCCCGAGGAUAAACAGGACUUACCCACGGCCUCCGCCCGGGAGCCCCAGGCGCGGAAGCGGCCAGGGCCAGAGGCCCCGCCCGGUAGCGGGUGUGGCCGGCAGGGGCUGAGCCAGAGCCCUGCUGGGGGAGGAUCCGUCCAGGAGCUUCCGCCGCUGGGACAGAGCCCGCCCCGGCCAGGGAGGCCCUCUCCCUUCAAAGCCCACCGCGGGCCGGCCGGGGACACGGCCAGGCCUGACCGCUUCCACGGUGAAGUCCAGCCCGGCGUUUCCGACAGCCGCUGCGGUCCAAGCGGCGUGAAGCAGCCUGGACCGCCACAGGAGACUCCAGUCCUUCAACCUGAAAUGAGAUGCUUUCCACACGCGCCCUUUAAAACGUCAAGGCGGCCCUUUCUCUUGCGAGAGGACGUGAAGCCCAUUUUGGCUUUGCGGGAUAAACUCCGCUAG